AUGGCUGUCAAAACCGAUGUUAGCAAAGCCUAUGACCGUGUAGAGUGGAAUUUUUUGGAAACUAUAAUGAAAGUUUUUGGGUUCUCAGCUACAUGGAUAUCUUGGAUCAUGGAAACAGUUCGUUCAGUGGAGUAUGCAGUUCUUAUCAAUGGCACCCCAUAUGGAAAAGUAUUACCAAGUUGCGGAAUAAGGCAAGGCGAUCCUCUUUCACCGUAUCUAUUUAUACUCUGUGCAGAUAUCCUCAGUCAUCUUAUAAACUCUCAAGUUGCAUCGGGGCACCUACAAGGAAUAAAAAUUGGUAAUGGAGUUCCUCCCAUCACUCAUUUACAAUUUGCAGAUGACAGCUUAUUUUUCUGUCGAGCAAAUAAACGUAACUGCCAGGCUUUAAAGGAUGCUUUCGACGUUUAUGAGUAUUAUUCGGGCCAAAUCAUUAACACAUCGAAAUCUCUUAUUACGUUUGGUUCUCGAGUACAUGGUUCGCGUCAAAAUGCAUUGCAGCAGAUUUUGAAUAUUUCAAACAAAGGUGGUGGAGGGAAGUAUCUUGGCCUGCCAGAGCAAUUUGGCAGAAAAAAAAAGGAGAUGUUCGAGUAUAUUGUUGAACGAGUUCGACAGCGUACAGCAAACUGGAGUGGAAAGUUCUUAUCACCAGCCGGGAAAGAAGUCCUUUUGAAAUCUGUGGCAGCUGCUAUGCCCGUUUAUGCAAUGUCUUGCUUUAAACUGCCAUUGGGUCUAAUUUCUGAGUUGGAAUCUAUACUAAUGAAUUUCUGGUGGAAGAAGAAUGCAUCUUCAAGAGGUAUUUCCUGGAUCGCUUGGAAAAGACUGCAGUACUCCAAGAAGGAAGGUGGUCUAGGUUUUAGAAAUUUGGCAAAAUUUAAUGAUGCGUUACUAGCGAAACAAGCGUGGAGAAUUAUUCAGUAUCCAAACAGCUUGUUUGCAAAAGUUAUGAAGGCUAGAUAUUUUCCGGAUAACUCAGUCACAGAUGCUUCAGCCAAGAAAAACCAAUCUUAUGGUUGGUCCUCUAUUCUUGUGGGUCUUGAUUUACUUAAAAAAGGCCUACGUGUUGCAGUUGGUGAUGGUUCAACUAUUCGUGUCAACAUUGAUAAUGUCAUUGCUGAUCACCCUCCUCGACCAAUCUGUUCUAUGGAUCCUCAUACUCAAUGUACUCUGUCUGCAUUUAUUCAGUCACAUGGUUCGGUUAAAUCAUGGAACAACCACACUGCAGCAAACAUUCUUGAACCAACAGAUUUCGAUGCCUUAAUGCAAAUAUAUAUUCCCCAAACUCCCGUGAUGGAUAAAAUCAUAUGGCAUUAUAACCCCUCUGGAGUUUACACUGUCCGUUCUGGUUAUUGGUUAGCUACGCAUGAUCCUUCUGACAUGACCCCUGCUCCUAAUAUACCUCAUGGUUCAGUUGAAUCAAAAAAUCAAAUUUGGAAGUUAAAGAUUCUACCAAAGAUCAAACAUUUCCUCUGGAAUGUGCUGUCUAAAUCAUUAGGUACUGCAACAAGACUGGUAACACGGGGUGUAGUCAUUGAAACAAUCUGCAAACGAUGUAAACAGUCGGACGAAACAAUUAACCAUACACUCUUUACUUGUCCAUCGUUGCAGACUAUUUGGAAUUUGGCAAAUUUACCACUACAGAAUUCGUUUGACAUAACUGACCAUGAGUUAAAUAUAUCAUAUUUGUUAAGCUUAUACAAGGACAGCUCUUUAUCAUUGGAACAAAAACUUUUACCCUUUUGGCUUAUAUGGAAUAUUUGGAAAGGUCGCAACAACUUUGUUUUUAAUAACAAAGAAGAGGAUCAUCAACAAACUCUCUCACAAGCAAAAGCAGAUGUCUCUGAAUGGACAAGGACUCUGGAAAUGGAGACGAGACGGAUGACUAUUUCAUCUCACUCGGUGACUAACAUUAACUGGACUAGACCGGCUGAAUCAAUGGUUAAAUGCAACUUCGAUGUCAGUUAUACAGUUGGCACUAAGAAGACAAUCGGGGGAUGGAUGGUUCGAAAUCAUUUAGGUACUGAACUGUUUUGGGGAUCAAGUUUACUGAGAGCUGCAAACAGUCCUCUAGAGGUCUAA